CUCGCGCUGUGAGCGGCUGCAGAACCGGGCGCGCGCUCCGUAAACAAAGACCCGCACGUCCUCCGCGCUACAGCACCACCACAAACACCACCACCACCACCACCACCACCACCACCAGCACCAGCACCAGCACCAGCACAAACAGCAACUGCAUUAUCAUUAUCAUCAGCAGUAGCAUCCUCCUCCUCCUGCUGUCCUCCACCACCAUCUCCACCUCCUCCUCCUCCCAGCCCCAGUCCUUCUGCUCCUCCAGCUCCCUCCCUCUGUUCCACUCUCUCCAGCGCACAAAGCAGACCAGCAGUCCCGGAGCAGCAGCAGCGGCAGCGGCAGCAUGACGACCAACGGGAGCAGCAGCAACAGCAGCGACAUGCUGAAGAUCCAGUUCGGCCUCAUUAACUGCGGCAACAAGUACCUGACCGCCGAGACUUUCGGCUUCAAGAUCAACGCGUCAGCCACCAGCAUGAAGAAGAAGCAGAUCUGGACGCUGGAGCAGAACGGGGACGACUCCAACAUGUUCUUCUUGAAGAGCCACCUCGGACGCUACAUCGCCGCCGACAAGGACGGCAACGUGACCGGCGACAGCGAGGAGCCCGGCGAGGACUGCCGCUUCAUCAUCACCGCGCACGACGACGGCCGUUGGUCGCUCCAGUCCGAGCCCCACAAGCGCUACCUGGGCGGCACCGAGGACCGCAUCACCUGCUUCGCCCAGACCAUCUCCAUCGCCGAGAAAUGGAGCGUCCACAUCGCCAUGCACCCCCAGGUCAACAUCUUCAGCAUGACCAGAAAAAGGUACGCUCACCUGAGCUCCAAGGAGGACGAGAUAGCCAUCGACAGGGACGUGCCAUGGGGCGUGGACUCCCUCAUCACCCUGGUCUUUCAGGACCAGAGGUAUCACCUGCAGACGUCCGACAACCGCUUCCUCAAGAAUGAUGGAGCCCUGGCCCAGAAAGCUGACAAGACCACAGGCUACACCUUGGAGUUCAGGUCUGGAAAGGUGGCCUUCAGGGACUGCGCUGGGAAGUACCUGGCUCCUUCUGGUCCUAGUGGCACCAUGAAGUCUGGAAAGAGCUCCAAGGUUGGGAAGGAUGAGCUGUUCGUGCUGGAGCAGAGCCACCCUCAAGUGGUGCUGACCGCUGCCAACGACAGGAAUGUGUCCACCAGGCAAGGAAUGGACCUCUCAGCCAACCAGGAUGAGGAGGGCGAUCAGGAGACGUUUCAGAUGGAGAUCAGCAAGGAAACAAAGAAAUGUGCUUUCAGGACCUGCUCUGGGAAGUACUGGACACUCACUGCCAAUGGUGGCCUGCAGUGCACUGCAUCUACCAAGUCUGCCAACUGCCACUUUGAUAUUGAAUGGCGUGGGAAGAAAAUCACUCUUCGUGCCGCCAAUGGAAAAUACGUGGCAGCUAAAAAGAAUGGGCAGCUGGCUGCCACCAUUGAUUCUGCAGGAGAGUCUGAGGAGUUCCUGAUGAAGCUCAUUAACAGGCCUUUAAUUGUGCUGAGGGGGGAGCAUGGCUUUAUCGGCUGCAGGAAGGUGACGGGCACCCUGGACUCCAACCGCUCCUCGUACGACGUGUUCGGCCUGGCGUUCCGCGACGGAGCCUACAGCCUGCAAGAUUCCACUGGGAAGUACUGGAUGGUGGGCAGUGAGUCCUCAGUGGUCAGCAGCAGCGAUACUCCAGUAGAUUUCUUCCUAGAGUUCUGCGACUACAACAAGGUGGCCAUCAAGUCGACUGAAGGGAAGUACCUGAGAGGCGACCACGCCGGGGUACUGAAGGCCAACGCUGAUGAUCUGGACAGCUCCACUAUGUGGGAGUACUAGAAGCACUUAAGUAACCACUGUGGCUUUUUUCCUCCCUUGAUUUACCAUUCUGUCUUUUAUUUUAUAUAUGAUUAUUUUUUUUCCUUUCACCACAAACGAGCACAAGUGGGCGAUGACUGGUGGAGAGUAAGAUGAAGGUGCGAAGAAGGUUUCUUUAUGGUGGUUUAGAUGAUGAAGAAAAAGACUCUGCUAUCUCUCUACUAUAGGCAAACUAGCGCUCCGGCAUUCUGGUGCCAUCAAAUGUAUAAAAAGCAGUGUUGUGCAGUUUUCAUAGACUAUAUAACUCUAUGAAGGGCCAAAUUUCUGGGGCUUGAUCUGAUCUGAUGAGGUUCAAAUUGGUUUAGUCUACUGUGGUAAUAUAACGCCCUUUGCAUAUCACAUGAUUUUUAACUGGAAUUUAAAUACAGUAAUUAAAAAAAAAAAGGGUCUGAUUGAAUGGUAUGUUCCAGCACAUUGAGGAGCCAUGUUCGCACAGAUUGCUGGAUCUCCUCAGCGAGAGCUGAUUGGUGGGAUUUUGUGAUCCCCUCCCUCGUCUUUGCACAAUUCAUAAGAGCCUCUCUCUCUUUAAAUGUGUUGAAUUGUUGGAGAAUGUUCUGUAUAUGGAUGCCUUGUCAAAUCCUGUGAGUCUACGCUAUGUGGUCUUUGCCCCUUUUGCCGCCAUAUUGCCCAGUGUUAAAUCCCCAGUGACCUGAAGUUUUAAUGGCGAUAUGGCUGAUGAUAAUGAUGAAGAUGAUGAUUAUGAUGAUGAUGAUUAUGAUGAAAACUGUAUGAAUGUUGAUUUAUGAGUUUCUCGCCAUACACUUGACACAGUAUCUAAGUGGGUUCCUGUCACCACUGGAAUGGUAUGGAAGUGUCCUCAGCAGUGAUGAUGCCAAUGCUGAUGCCAGUGCUGACCUGUUAUUGACCAGUUUUGUAUUCUGAAGUAUGGCUAUGCUUUAUUUGUGUGUUAAAAAAGAAGAAAAAUCAUUGUGUGUGUGUACUGGAUUUCUGCUCGUGCCAUUCACAUUCAUUUUCCUGCAACAGAAAGAGAACUGGACAGUGACUUGUGAAGAUGGCACAUUUCAUCUCACCAUCAAAUCAUAUGUUUCAAAUCCUCUAAAUCCUGUCAAACGAUGGAGAAACAUGUUUAGAAGAAGUUUAAAGUGAAAAUAUCUGCAAACGAAAUCUUGAUUGUCAUAUUAAGUGUAGAUGUGAGAGUGAUGUUUUUUUCCGAUGAUCUGAGGAAUGUUGUUGCAGGUUCAACACGAUAUUUAUGGUAAAUUAAAACCUCCCUUCCGCUCGAACCGGUCGGCUCAUUUCGGAAAGGUCUGUGUUCACUGCACACGUGUAACUGGCAUGGCUUAAUCUGGAAAAAUGCACAAUUUUGUCACUGGAAAAAAGUCAAACAUGUCGAAUCACUUACCUGUUCUGCUUUGAUUUUUAUGAGGCACAGACAUUAUCAUACACCCUCAUACAUGGUGUGGACUGAUGACAGUAAAACCUAUAAGUUUUAAGUACCCAUAAGUAACUGGAAGGGGUGAAAUCACCAGUAUGACUUGUGUUUUUUGAUAAAUGUGAAGAUUCUGGUGGCUCAGAGUGUCUUACUAGCAUAAAGGCAGAAUUAUACUUCUGUGUUGAGUCUGUGCAAGUGGCUUAUGCUGUUGUGAGCCUUUAUACUUGUGCAUUAGUGUGAAUACAUCACUCCGUGUUAAUGGUAAAAGUAGGAAUGCAGUCUUAGCAUAGCUAUGCGUACCAUAGGCUGCGCUGUAGAUUUGACACAGAACUAUAAAUUAGCCUUAAGACAACAAUACCAUGACCUGAGGAUCACAAGUUCCGAUCCUGCAUCAUGCUGCUUUGGCAUCAGCAGCCAGAGCCUGAGCGAGCAUAAUUGGGAGAUUAGGUAAUUAAGGCACUCUUAGUGAGUGGCUCAGGUAGAUUAGGGAGAGAACUGUGAAAAUCCUAUAUUCUAAGAUUAUAAACCAGUGGGUCUCAGUGAUCCUCAGGGCUCUCCAGAUGCUUCACAUUUUCCACACUGUCCACAUGUGUUGCGAGCUGAGUUGGAACAAAUAAUAUGGAUCAUCUGGACAAAGGCUGGAGGCCUGGUUCGAGAAACAACAGCUAAAUUAACAAUUAACAAUGUAGUGUACUUUGAUCCAUACAAAAUGAUCUAAAUCUCAUUCUGAUUUCCUUUCAAGAUUGUACCAGGAGUGGGGUGUUUUCCCAGAGAGGGAUUAAGUCUGGUCUUGGACUAUACAGAAUUUGAAUUGAGAAUUUUCCACUCAAAGGAAGAUAUAGUCCAUGAGUAGGCUUAGUCCGUGGUUUAAACUGACUACAUCUCUGAACACCACAAGCCAGUUUCCUGGACUGGGAUUAUAGGCCCAAUUGUGGACUACACAGCAUUCUGAAUAGAGAUAUUCCAGUAAAAUAAAUCUAGUCCAGGAAUGGGCUUAAUGUACAUGAAAAACUUGCAUAUAAUGACCUAGAAAAAUGAAAAUUUAGCAUGAGGUGCUAAACCCAUUUCAUCUCUUCAUACAUAAGAGUUUGAGAUGACUGAGGUUAAAUAGUAAACUAGUCCUAGUCUGCUACACAUAAGGGAAUGGUAAUGACUGUGCCUUAACUUUGGAAUAUACUGGAAAAAAGGAACACAUUCCACGUCUAUACUUUGUAAAACUUUACAGACUUACUUUUUUAUAUUGUUUUGAUAUUAUGGUUGUCCUUUUUCCCUCAUGUGCCAUGGGUACAAACGAAAUACAAUAAAUUUGACUAUGAAACCCGG